GCCGUCUUUCAGUGAUUUACUUGAGAAUCCUAGUGGUUUUCGUGAAGAACCUUUCAGACUUCAGCUGUUGGACAUGCCCCCUCAAAUGGAUUAUUUCUACCAAGAACCAAGAGUUCCGUCGGUGAGCCUAGAUCAAGACGACGCAUUGGAACCUGUCAUCAGCUGUAUGCUUGUUGGGGACGGUGCGGUAGGAAAAACUAGUAUGAUUGUCAGCUAUACCUCCAAUGGAUAUCCCACGGAUUACAAACAGACAGCCUUUGACGUUUUUUCAGGACAAGUGCAAGUGGAUGGAACACCUGUACGGAUUCAGUUGAUGGACACUGCUGGACAGGAGGAGUUUGAUGGCUUCCGCUCUCUGUCAUACGCCCACACCGAUGUCUUCCUCCUUUGCUUCAGUGUGGUCAACCCUUCUUCAUUCCAGAAUAUCACUAAAAAAUGGAUCCCAGAGAUCCGCUCCUGUAAUCCGUCCUCCCCAAUAAUAUUGGUAGGAACCCAGUCGGACCUGCUUUUGGAUGUCAAUGUUCUUAUAAACUUGGAUCGUUACAAGGUCAAGCCUGUGCUCAGCACACGGGCACGGAGUCUGGCCGAGAAGAUCAGGGCCAUCGAGUACGUAGAGUGCUCAGCCUUAACGCAAAAGAACUUGAAGGAGGCUUUCGAUGCUGCCAUAUUUGCUGCCAUCAAACACAAGGCCAGGAAGGCCAAAAAGAUGAGGCUGUCGGACAGGACAGCCAAGGCUUUUUCAAAGUGCAGUUGGAAAAAAUUCUUCUGCUUCAUCUGA